CGCGGCCGGGACACUCCCAGCGGACUGGGCAGCCCCUCACUGUGCCAGGAGCCACCAUGCCCCAGACCGUGGUGCUCCCGGGCCCUGCUCCCUGGGGCUUCAGACUCUCAGGGGGCAUCGACUUCGACCAGCCUCUGAUCAUCACCAGGAUCACUCCAGGAAGCAAGGCAGCGGCUGCCAACCUGUGUCCUGGCGAUGUCAUCCUGGCCAUUGAUGGCUUUGGUACAGAGUCCAUGACUCAUGCAGACGCGCAGGACAGGAUUAAAGCAGCGGCACACCAGCUGUGUCUCAAAAUUGACAGGGCAGAAACCCGCUUAUGGUCUCCGCAGGUGUCUGAAGAAGGGAAAGCUCACCCUUAUAAAAUCAACUUGGAAUCAGAACCCCAGGAUGUGAACUACUUUGAACACAAGCAUAAUAUUCGGCCCAAACCUUUCGUAAUCCCAGGCCGAAGCAGUGGAUGCAACACUCCCUCCGGUAUUGACUGUGGCAGUGGACGUAGCACUCCUUCUUCUCUCAGUACUGUUAGUACCAUUUGCCCAGGUGACUUGAAAGUUGCUGCUAAGAUGGCCCCUAACAUUCCUUUGGAAAUGGAACUUCCUGGUGUGAAGAUUGUUCAUGCCCAGUUUAAUACACCAAUGCAGUUGUAUUCAGAUGACAAUAUUAUGGAAACACUUCAGGGUCAGGUGUCAACAGCACUAGGGGAAACUCCCCCAAUGAGUGAAUCCACAGCCUCGGUGCCCCCCCAGUCAGAUGUGUACCGGAUGCUUCAUGACAGUCGGGAUGAACCUUCUCAGCCUCGCCAGUCUGGUUCCUUCAGGGUGCUCCAGGAAUUGGUGAAUGAUGGCCCAGAUGACCGCCCUGCUGGGACCCGGAGCGUGAGAGCUCCUGUUACAAAAGCCCAUGGAGGCGCGGGGGGAGCUCAGAAGAUGCCUUUCUGCGACAGAUGCGGGAGUGGCAUCGUUGGUGCAGUGGUGAAGGCACGGGACAAGUACCGCCAUCCUGAGUGCUUCGUGUGUGCUGACUGUGGCCUCAACCUCAAGCAGAAAGGCUACUUCUUUGUGGAGGGGGAGCUGUACUGUGAGACCCACGCAAGAGCCCGCACGAGGCCCCCCGAGGGCUAUGACACAGUCACCCUGUACCCCAAAGCUUAGGCUCUGCGGGCCUGGCAGGGACACACACACCCACCCAUGCAUACUGGCAUGAGAAGAAUUUCAUGGCUUGGGGCAGAGGAUCUCACAGACUGUCAACUCCAAAUCCAAAGCUGGGGCUUUUAGAUGUUUUAUUUCAUUGUAUGUCGAGAAAAGAAAUGGUUGCCAGAUGCCAGCUACAUGACAAAAACAUACAUUUAGCUAUGUUCUGCAACUCUUUUUAUCUUUGGGGCUAGUUAUCAUGACACUUAAGGCAAUAACUUGUAUGUUAUACUCCACAAUUUACAUGGCCAACGAACAUGUACUCAUGGAAACAUCAAGAUGUCUGGGCAAGUCUAAUUGUCUUUCCUUGGCAAGUUGAUUCCACCAUUGUGGUAAAUACCAAAUAACAAUCUUAGAUUCUAACAUAAUCCCUAGUUGUCUGUAACUGUUUGAACUAUGACAGUGCAUGUCAGGAGAAAUUUCUUUACUUCAUAUUUAAACAAUUAUGCCACUGGAUAUAACAGACAUAAUAAACACAGAAAACGUUUUUAAAAUA